UAUACACAUCUAAUAUAUAUACAUAUAUAUAUAUAUAUAUAUUUACAUUUACGAAAUAACAUCAUUCUAAAUUGAUCUUACGAAUAUCUUGUAUUAUACAUCUUUGUUUGAUCAUCAUGGAAAUAAAAUUACUGUAUAUUAAUUUUUUGUUAGUGCUAUUAACGUUUGCAUAUGCAAAUGAAGAAGUUUCACAUUUUAGAGGAAAACAAAUUGACGGGAAUCCAGUAAAAUUUGCUAUACUUCAUAUGCAAUCAAAUAAAGCAGACUUGAGAGAAGAGUUUGCUAAAAUUAAAAAAGAUUGUGCAAAAGUUGUUGUACAUUUAAAAGAACAGGAUAAAUAUCAUCUUCAAUUUGAAAUGAUUAACGAAUUGAUCACAAAUAUAAUAGGAAACAUUGAGGAAUAUAUAUUAAUAUUAAGUGAUGUCAAUUCUAGUCCUAGUGAUGAACCUAUUUCAACCAGUGAGAAAGUUAUAAAAACCUUGUUGUCAAUAUUGCAUGAAACAAUUUUGUUCGGAGAUAUAAUUUAUAAUUUUCCGGAUAUAACUAAACAUAUCUUAAAAUUUGAAGAGAAGAGGGUAAAUAUACUAACUUGGUCUUUGAUAUAUGCUGAUUCUAUGCAAGAAUUGUUGGAUGACUUUACCGCUGAUAUCAUUUCUGGAGCUCAAGCGCGACUGCACAAGAUAAAAUCAGAAUUUAAAUUAAGAAAAAGUAAAUUCAUACAAUAGCGUAGUCCUCCGAUAUUAAUAAAUGUUCAGGUAUGAACAUUUCUUUGGUAGUUUCAACAAAAUAAAGAAAAUUUAAAACUGUUUUAUAAUUGAAAUAAAUUUUGCAUAAAUAUUU